UGCGCUUUAAUCCUCCUUUAUUUUAAGCGUUUAACCGCCAUCUUAAGGUCGAUAAAAAGGGGAGGAGGCGAUCGCUUUCGAUGGCGUGCGUAACCCCAAAUCGCUUCUUCGAGCUCGGCAAUGGCGAUUUCCCAAGUUGACGCGAGCGAGUAAAUGAUUGCAUUCAGUGCCAUCGGCGAUCGCGCCAGACGCUACCUUUUUAAGCAAAAUACAAGCGGCGGGAUGCUUCUCAACGGCUACAUCUCCUCUUGCCCUGAUUUUGUUCUAUUCUGAGAUCUCGGAGUUUGAUUCUAGUUUUUUGGCUGCGGAGGUGAGAAGAGACGGAGUUUUCAAGUUUGGGUGACUUGUUUGAUCGAAUCACUGUGAGUAGGGAAAAACUCGCUUCUUUUUGGUUGAUUUGGGUGUUUUUCUAAUGGCAAAGUGGGAUUGUUGAAGUAGAUGCUAAAAGGUUGAGCCAGAGAAAGGAUUUUCCAGUCAAGUGUUAGAAAUGUGUUCAAAUCGAGCGCUUUCGGUGGUUUUGGCCCUCUGGUUGGCGAGUUUCGCCGCAGGGGUCGCCGCUGGUAGCCUGGCGGAGGACAAGCAGGCGUUGCUCGACUUCCUCACUGCCGCGCCUCACGGCCGCAGCCUCAAUUGGAGUCCUGCCACCGUUGUCUGCGGUCGGUGGACCGGCGUCACCUGCAGCGCCGAUGGUUCCCGAGUCGUCUCGCUCCGCCUCCCGGGGAUUGGAUUCAGAGGCCCGAUCCCACCUAAUACUCUCAGCCGCCUCUCCGCCCUCCAGAUCCUGAGCCUCCGGUCGAAUAGUUUCUCUGGCCUGUUCCCGCCGGACUUCGCCAACCUCACUGCUCUCACUGGCCUCCAUCUCCGGUUCAAUCGCUUUUCUGGUCCACUACCCAUUGAUUUCUCGCCUUGGAAGAACCUCAGCGCGCUCGAUCUCUCCUUCAACCAUUUUAACGGCAGCAUCCCGUCUUCCCUCUCCAAUUUAACUCUUCUCGCCAUUCUAAACCUCUCCAACAACUCGUUGUCUGGCCAAAUUCCAGAUCUUGAACUCCCCGACCUGCAGUUCGUUAACGUAUCCAACAACCACCUUGAUGGUACAAUUCCGAAAUUCCUCCUAAAUUAUCCAAGUUCGUCAUAUUCUGGGAAUGACUUCACACCAAUAGUCCCAUUCACUCCAUCACCAUCGCCCGAACUAGUACCACCUGCGCCGUUUCCAGCCCCAAUGUCCAUAACCAAGAAGAAAUUGAGUGAAGCUGCAAUUCUUGGCAUUAUAGUCGGCGGAUGUGCUUUACUCUUCUUGACGGCUGCAUUGUUUCUCUAUCUUUGCUGCUCGAGGGGGGACGAAGAGAAUUAUGUCUCAGGAAAAAGGUCAAAAGGGGACCGUUCACCAGAGAAGGCUGUUGCUCGUAAAGAAGACGCAAACAACCGGUUAGUCUUCUUUGAGGGCUGUACCUUUGCUUUUGAUCUAGAAGAUCUGCUGAGGGCUUCUGCUGAGGUUUUAGGCAAGGGAACAUUUGGAACUGCAUACAAAGCAGUGCUGGAGGAUGCAACGACAGUGGUGGUGAAGCGGUUGAAGGAUGCUAGUGUUGGCAAGAGAGAUUUCGAGCAGCUGAUGGAUGUAGUAGGGAGGAUAAAACAUGAGAAUGUGGUGGAGCUGAAAGGAUACUACUACUCCAAAGAUGAGAAGCUUACCGUGUAUGACUACUAUAGCCAGGGGAGUGUCUCUUCCUUGUUACAUGGGAAGAGAGGUCAAGACAGAAUACCCCUUGACUGGGAAACCAGGCUUAAAAUAGCACUUGGAGCUGCAAGAGGAAUUGUGCGCAUUCACACCGAAAACAACGGCAAGCUUGUUCACGGAAACAUCAAGUCGUCCAAUGUUUUCCUCAACGACCAGCAAUUUGGUUGUGUCUCUGACCUGGGUUUGCCAUCCAUCAUCAAUCCGAUGAUCCCGCCUGUCUCUCGCACUGCUGGUUACCGUGCACCGGAGAUGGUUGAUACCAGGAAAGCAUCACAAGCAUCUGAUGUCUACAGCUUCGGAGUUCUACUGCUCGAGCUGCUCACAGGCAAAUCACCCAUCCAGAUAGUGGGCGGGGGUGAUGAGGUCAUCCACCUAGUUCGCUGGGUUCAGUCUGUUGUCCGCGAAGAAUGGACUGCAGAAGUCUUCGACGUGGAGCUGAUGCGGUAUCCGAAUAUAGAAGAAGAGAUGGUGGAAAUGCUUCAGAUUGCAAUGAGCUGCGUAGUGAGGGCACCAGACAGGAGGCCAAAGAUGCCAGAAGUGGUGCGGAUGAUCGAAGGACUGAGAAGGCUCGACGGCGGCAACUGGACUUCGACAGAAGCCUCGACACCAGCACACACUCAGUGAGGUUCAGUUAGUGUACCAUUGCUAGUGUCACUCACAAGGCUUCAUGUUAGUGUAGCUAAGUUCUUGUAGCAUUAAUCUGUUCAGAUUCUUUGGCUUUGUCCAUGAUAUUUCAACUCUUGUAGGUUUAAAAUAGAGCAGAGGGUCUUUUCUUAGGUUUAUUAAGGUCUCUAUGGUUAUCAAGUAUAGCCAUUUCAAUUGUUACUGCAGGUGAACAUUUUGAAUUAAUCCACUUUAAUGCUCUGUUUUUUUCUUAA